AUGGACCACUCCAACCCAUUGGAAAAGCAUAGAAAGCUAAACAGUGUUCUUGUUAGAAAGAAUCAAGCCUUUCUUAAGAAAAGAGAAGUAGUUUUACCAAAACUUAACACUUCAGAAAGCGCCCCAGCGAGAAUUGGAAAUUUUAUAAACAAGAAACCUAGUCAGGAUUUUCCGGUUCUACCGUACAGGGAACAAUUUUCCCGCCGAAAGCCUCCAGAGUUACUAACCCCUCUUUUUGGAUAUCGAGAAAGAUUACCUACGCCAUCACUCUCGUCGCCUAGUGACAGUGAUUUCUAUUCCUCAGAUUAUGACGAUUCCCAAUUUUCAGAUAUUACAGAAUUUUCGGAAAUAGAUUCUGGAUUCCUAGAAACUUUGAACAAAGAAGUAAGCAAACGGGUUAUAUCGGGCAUGGUGUUGACCACCAAGUGCGGAGAAAAGGCUCAAGAUAUUUCGGAGAAAAAUUUGGGAAAAAGAGUUGAGAAAUUUCUUGGCCGGCCCGUGCCCGUCUCUGUGAUUACUCCUCGACCACCACGGCCACCCAGACUGCUCACGCCAUUGACGUCGCCACGGCAACAACGGGGAGAUACUUGGUGUCUCAAGCAACAAAAGGUUUCGAAGGUUUUGAGUAACAGCCUAAGAGCUAUGUAUAAUAAAAGCAGCGAAUGCAAGUGUCGAUACAUACGGGCACCGCUAACCCCGAUUCCUUCGACAGACUGGGUUUUUGAGAAUUGUGGGAAGGUUGACAGAAUCCUAUCAGCAACAAACCGCUAG